UGCCUGGGGCCACAAAAACAUGGAUCUUUUUAUAUGGAGAAGUUUUGAAAUCGUCAUUGACAAGACCAGACAUGCCCUCAAAGCAACAGAUGCAAGGUUGACUUGGCUGGCAAACAGACCGGAUGAGGAUAGUCAGUAUGUUGACCACCUUAAGAAAGGUGACUCCUCACUUGCCAGGGCAGAGUUGGACUCAGCAGUGCAGUAUUUUCGAGCAAUUAUCAUGAUCGCAAGAGCCAACAUUGCACAGCACCAUCACCACCCACAAAGCUCUGCAACAGAACCAGGAAUGACCAGUGAUGCAGACAGAGAAGUUGAAGAAAUACAACUCACAGAGAAGUACACAGACCACCUUAAGGAAGGUGACUCCUCCCUUGCCAGGGCAGACCUGGACUCAGCAGAGCAGCACUUUGCAGAUGGACUCAAGUUGGUGCAUGUGAGAGACCCCACAGCCCAGCAGUACCAGAGAGAGGUGGAGCCCCUGUGCAAGUUGGGGGAUGUCUACAGUAAGCGAGGUCAGCAAACAGGAGAUGGGGGAGACUUUGUCAAAGCAGCAGCGCUCUACAAUGCAGCAAUAGCCAGGUCAGAGGAUCAAGUCAAUGGUAAUAUAGAAAUAGUUAUCAAAGAGGUAGAGAAGGCAUUUCUCAAGUAUGUCUUAGGCAUUCAUUGUAAUGUGAGCCAAGAUGAUACAGAAAAACACAAGAAACAAUUGAAGGAGAUGCGGGACCAGAUCAAGCUGGAGAUGGAAACCAUUGUCCAGCAGCUGGAUCCCUAUGUACAUGAUGAGGACGACCCACGUGUCAAAGAGAUAGAGGCAAAACGAGCUCAGGCUGUCAGGCAGUUGUUUGAGAAAAUUUCCAAACAAAGGAAGGAGUUCAUCAGCCUGCUUGUAGAAGAGUGUAUUGGGUUAAUGGUUCCCCCUCCCUGUAAAUUUGCCCUGAUAGGUUUGGGUUCACUGGCCACAGAACUGGUAACUCCAUACUCAGACCUGGAGUUUGCCAUCUUGGUAGAAGAAAAAAGUGAAGAAUGUCUUGUGUAUUUCCGUAACCUCACUCACUAUCUACACCUCAAGGUGGUCAACCUGGGAGAAACAAUUCUCCCAUCUUUGGGAAUAAAAUCUCUCAAUGAUUUCUACUCUGAGAACAAAUCUGACAACUGGUACUAUGACUCUGUUACACCACGUGGGCUCGCAUUUGAUGCCUCCAUGCCAAAGGCAAGCAAGACUCCACUGGGCAGGCAGGGACCUAUGGAUGAACCACCCAGUGAACUCAUCUGCACUCCACAAAACAUGGUGUCAAAACUAUAUAAGGAUGCCACACUGUACCUUGAGGAAGGAUAUCAUCUUGCCACUAUCUUGACCAACCCAAUCCUGCUGGCUGGGGAUCAGGGUUUGAUUGACAUGUACAUGGGCAUCACAGAGGGGAUACUGCAAGAGGAUAGGUGCAAAAUGGCUCGACAACUGGCACAAGAAACAUUGAGGGAAAACAUCAGUAACUACGGUCAUGAGGAAACAAUCACAGCAAGUCUGAUUGAUGUGAAGAAAGACAUCUAUCGCAUCCCAGCUGUAGCAGUGAAUUGCUUGGCCCUAUUCUCUUGUAUUGAACCCAAAGCAGUUUGGGAGACAAUAGAAGAAAUGCAAAGCAAACAAGUGAUCAGUCCCAACAAUGCACACCACCUGACAGUGCUUACUAGCAUCUCAGCAGAACUCAGGCUCAGAACCUACAUGGCAAAUGGUGGACAGAACGAAAACCUGUCAGCUUUGGCCUCAAUUGAAACAGAACAGACCAAUGACGAAGCACAAACAAACGCACAGAAACCAGUUUUCCAUCUGCCAAAUGAAAAACAGCUUUUAAGAUACUACUGUACAUUAAUUCCUCUUAAAUCAGUUCUGCUUGAUUUGCUGGUACAGUCAGGGAAAACAUCUUCAAAUUCAUUUCCUGAUUUCUAUGAUAACUCUCCAAAAGUGCAAGGAGAUGUAUACCUUGCACUAUGCCACUAUAUGCAGGCUAUUGAUUAUUAUGCCAAGGCUUUGGAGAAAUUCAACCCUGAGGGUACAGAUCCUAAGAAAGUUGGCUUGUUAAGGACACAUCCUGAAAUUGCUCGCUCCCUCAGCCUCCUGGGUCUGGCCUGGAGGAGACUGGGUGAUCACAGGAAAGCAAUCAGCUUCCAUGAACAGGCACUACAAAUGCGCAGGAGUAUUUAUGGUGAUGAUACAGCACACCCUGCCAUUGCAGAAUCGCUUAACAACCUGGGGGUAGCCUGGUGUGCUUUGGGUGAUUACGGAAAAGCUAUCAGCUACCUUGACCAGGCACUACAGAUGUACAGGAGCAUCUAUGGCCGGGAUACAGCACAUCCUCACAUUGCUUGGUCACUCUGCAAUCAGGGAACAAACUGUUACCAUAUGGGUGAUUACAGGAAAGCAAUCAGCUACCUUGAGCAGGCUCUGCAGAUGUACAGGGGUAGUCAGGGCCAGAAACCACAUCCUCAAAUUUCCAUGUUGCUUAAUAACCUUGGAGUAGCUUCACAAAAUCUGGGUUAUUACAGAAAAGCAAUGAUCUUCCAUGAAGAAGCACAGAUGAUGCUCAGGAUCAUCUAUGGUCCAAACGUAGCACAUCCUCACAUUGCCUUGUCCCUCUACAAUCAGGGAGUGAACCUUUGGCAUAUGGGUGAUUACGAAAAAGCAAUCAGCUGCCUUUUACAGGCACUGCAGAUGUACAGCAGGAUCUAUGGCCAGGGUACAGCACGUCCUGAAUACGCUGCAGCACUAUACUCCCUGGGGGCAGCCUGGGAUUGCAUGGGACAGCCAGAAAAGGCCAGCAACUGUUAUGAUGAGGCUCUGCAGAUGUACAGGAAUAUCCAAGGCCAGGAUACAGCACUUCCUCACAUUGCCAUGUUACUCUGCAACCAGGGAAUGAACUGUUACCAUGUUGGUGAUUACAGGAAAGCAAUCAGCUACCUUGAGCAGGCUCUACAGAUCUGCAGAAGUAUCUAUGGUCAGAAUACAACACACCCUGACAUUGCCAUGUCACUCAGCAACCUGGGGUUAGCCUGGCACCAUCUCUCUGAUGAUACAAAAGCAAUCAGCUACUUUGAACAAGCACUGCAGAUGUACAGGAGUGUCUACGGUCAGAGUACAGCAAAUCCUGUCAUUGCCAUGUCACUCAACAACCUGGGGUCCACAUGGGGUAACAUUGGUGAUCAUAGAAAAGCUGUGAGCUACCAUGAUCAGGCCCUGCAGAUGCGCAGGAGUAUCUAUGGUCAGGGUACAGCCCAUCCUGACAUUGCUGGCUCACUAAAUUAUCUGGGGACAGCCUGGUUCCAUCUCCAUGAUAAUGUAAAAGCAAUCAGCUACCUUGAACAGGCACUGGAGAUGUACAAAAUUGUUUAUGCUCAGAUUCCAGAACAUCCUGACAUUGCUGGCUCACUAAAUAACCUGGGGUCAGCCUGGUUCCAUCUCCAUGAUAAUGUAAAAGCAAUCAGCUACCUUGAACAGGCACUGGAGAUGUACAAAAUUGUUUAUGGUCAGAUUCCAGAAAAUCCUGACAUUGCUGGCUCACUAAAGAACCUGGGGUCAGCCUGGUACCACCUCUGUGAUGAUACAAAAGCAACCAGCUACCUUGAGCAGGCACUGCAGAUGUAUGGAAAGAUCUAUGGCCAGGGGACAGCGCGUCCAGAAAUUGCCGGAGCACUAGACAUCUUGGGGGCAGCCUGGGAUCGUAAGGGUCAACCGGAGAAGGCUAGCAUCUCUUACGAACUGGCUCUGCAAAUGUACAGGACUAUCCAUGGCCCGGAUACAGCACUUCCUCACAUUGCAAAGUUACUCCGAAAUCUGUGGUUAGCCAUGGUUUCCUUACGUCAACAUGAGAAAGCUAUCAGCUACCUUGAACAGGUACAGCAGGUACAUAGGAAUAUCCAUGCUCAGAAUUCUUCAAAUCCUGAGACUGCCUCAUCUCACAACGACCUGGGAAAGAUAGGCUGGUAUGUUUAG